AUGCAUUUACAACACUUCAACUGCAUUUUCCCUUUUGUUGAGCAAGCUGUGAAAACAGAGAGAGAAAUCAAAUUCAGACGCUCUGGUGAAGAAGACGCCGAGGAAUACUGGGAUCUUCAAGUCUACGACUGUCUCUCCAGCUCUCGCUCAGUUUCUUUGGUACCGGUGAAACCACACGCACUGACACCGUCAAAGAGAUUUGGACCUAUGUAA